UUCUAAGUCUUCUGUUCACUGUGCUCUGUUUAGAAACAGGGGAAUUACAGAGUAGGAGAGUUGGUGAGUUUGUGAGUGAAUCAUGGGGAGUUUAGGAGAAAAUGGUGUUAUGGAGUUAACUUUAAGCUCUCUAGACCCUGUUUUCAUUGAACUCAAUAGAUUGGAAAACAGUCUUAGAGAGAAAGAAAGAGAACUGGGAGCAUCUCAAAGGGAAAUUAAAGCCUUAAAAAUGUCAGAAGUUCUGAAAGAUAAAGCUGUGGCUGAGAUGAGCAAUGAAUUGAAGAAAAUGGAGGAGAAGCUAAGCAUUACUGAAAAACAUCUUGAAUUCAAGAGUCUUGAGAUUAAAAAACUUAAUAAUUCAAAGAAGGAAGCAAUAGCUGCACAGUUUGCUGCUGAAGCUACACUUAGAAGACUUCAUGCUUCUCAAAAAGAAGAGGAAUUAGUUCCACUUGAGGCUGUGAUUGCACCACUUGAAUCAGAUAUUAAGAUUUACAAGAAUGAGAUUAUUAGACUUCAAGAAGACAAUAAAGCUUUGGAAAGAUUGACAAAGUCGAAAGAAGAAGCACUUAUCGAAGCCGAAGAAAUCUUGCGUAGUGCAUUAGAAAGAGUGUUGAUAGUAGAGCAAGUGCAAAACCAAAAUCUUGAGCUUCGAAGGAAGAUUGAAAUAUUUCAGGAAGAAAACAAACUUUUAGAGAAAACAAACCGGCAAAAAGUUGUAGAGAUCGAGAAACUUAGUCAAACAAUACGUGAACUCGAAGAAUCUAUACUUGCCGGUGCUGAAAACGCUAAUGCUAUCCAUGAUUUUCAGCGACAAGUUGCCGAAUUACAUGAAGAAAAAAAGACACUUGAGAGAGAGUUAGCAAGAGUUAAAGUUUCAGUAAAUAGAGUUGCAUCAGUAAAGGCGAACGAAUUCAAAGACGAUAAUGAAAAGCUCAUGCCUGUCAAACAUUGGCUUGAUGAGAGAAAGUUCUUCCAGGGAGAGAUACAAAGAUUGCGCGAUAAAUUACAAGUGUCGGAAAGAACUUGCAAGGCAGAAAAUCAGCUCAAUGAUAAACUUAGAUUGAGGCUGAGGACUUUGGAAGAAAGCAUGAUUAAUAAGAAAUCAUCGACGAAUCGAUAUGUCAAAGGGAUUAAUCUUGUUGCAAAGAAUUUAUGGGUAACAAGAAGUAAAAUUUCUGAUGAUAACUUGAAGGAGAAUUCAGAUGAAAUUAGUACCAAAGAAGAGCAUGGAAAUGAAGACAUGGUUUCUGGUUUUCUUUAUGAUAAAUUACAAAAGGAAGUGAUUAAUUUGAGGAAAUCUCAUGAAGCAAAAGAUGGAUUACUGAAUGCCAAAGAAGAUGAGAUUAAGAAACUGUUAAAAAAUUUAGAAACACUGAGGAAGAUGAAGAAAAUUAUACGACGGGAACCUGAAACUGUGGUGAACAAAUCAAAGAAUCAAAAGCAAAAGAAGAUGAACUCUAAUAUCUCAAACAGAAAUGUUAAACAUUUCAGGAACUGAAGUAAUGCUAUGAAUUUAUAUGAAUUUGGAGAGCAAGCAGUAAUGAUGUUGUGUAAAUCUUGGACAAAUAUGUAAAGAAAAUAAGUUGUUUUUAUAAAUUAUGGACAUGAAUGUAAUCUUUGAGCUUGCAUUGUGCUCAUUUGUAAUUUAAUUACAAAUUAUUAAUUAAUGAUUUGGAAAUUAUGUAAA